CUGAUAACAGCAAACCGAUCACGUGACCACUUAUUUAUCGCCGCGAACCUCUCAGCCAACCUUAAAUUUCCUGAGUCCAGAACGUCAACAUCCACAGCUCUCCCAAACAACCUCACACCACACACAACCAUGGCGGACCUCAACGCCUACCCAGCGGACAUGGCGCCCCAAAACGCGCUGGUCGCGCGCCAGCUCUCCGGCCCCGACCACGCCGUCGUACCCUACAGCGCCGAAAACCUGUCGCGCCCCACGCAAGGGCCCGCGAACCCAUUUAAAGACGACGUGAAUAGCUUGAAGCGCAAGAACGUGCCGACGGGGUUCGCGCAGGAGACGUACAUGAGCGAACAUACGUUCCGGUCGCAGCAGCUUGCUGGGGUGAGGGGCGCGAGGGGGGGGAUGACGGGCCCGGAACUGAAGGCGGAGGCGGAGCGGAUAAAGGCGAAGAGGAUGAAGAGGGGGGAUGCGCUGGUGGUGGAGGGGGAGGGGGAGUAUGUUGGGCCGUGGGCGGGGUAUAAGAGGGCGGAGUAUGAGGAGAGGGAUGCGGAGGAUGGGGGGGAGUUGGGGAGCGGGGAGGAGUAUGAGGAGGUUACGGAUGAGGAGGGGGUGGUGGAGAGUGGGACGGUGGUGAAGGCGCUGCCGCAGGCUGUGGCGAAGAGGAAGGAGGAGGAGGGACAAGGGGGGGAGACGACGACGUUUCAUGGGGAGGAGGAACGCGAUUAUCAGGGCAGGACGUAUAUGCAUGUUCCGCAGGACUUGGAUGUGGAUCUGAGGAAGGAGGAGGGAAGCAUCAAGAACUUCGUGCCGAAGAAGUUGAUACAUACGUGGAAGGGACAUACCAAGCCUGUCGUGGCGCUGCGCUUCUUCCCGAGCAGCGGACAUGUCAUGCUCAGCGCCAGCGCGGACUCGACUGUCAAGCUAUGGGACGUUUACCACCAGCGCGAGCUCCUGCGUACGUUCUCCGGCCACACCAAGGCGCUGUCGGAUAUCACUUUCAACACUUCCGGCUCGCAAUUCCUCUCCGCAUCAUAUGAUCGCAUGAUCAAGCUCUGGGACACCGAGACGGGCCAAUGCAUCAACCGCUUCACGACGGGCAAGACCCCGCACGUGGUGCGCUUCAACCCCGACCCGGAGAACGCGCACGAGUUCCUGGCUGGUAUGAGCGAUAAGAAGAUCGUGCAGUUCGAUACGCGCACGCGCGCCAUCGUGCAGGAGUACGAUCACCAUCUCGCAGCUGUCAAUACGCUCACCUUCGUCGACGAGGCGAGGCGCUUCAUCUCGACGUCUGAUGAUAAGAGUUUAAGAGCCUGGGACUACCAUAUACCCGUCCCGAUCAAGUACGUUGCUGAGCCAUACAUGUACCCUCUCGUGCGCUCGUACGCCCAUCCGAACGGCAAGGCGGUGCUGUUCCAGAGCGCGGAUAACCAGAUCGUGGUAUACGCUGCUGGGGACAAGUUCAGGCAGAACAGGAAGAAGGUGUACAAGGGGCACAACAACGCGGGAUACGCGAUUGAUGUUGUGGUGAGCCCUGAUGGGCAGUUCGUGGCCAGUGGUGAUAGUGGGGGUUAUGUGUGCGUGUGGGACUGGAAGACGUGUAAGAUGUGGCAUAAGAUUAAGGUUGCCGAGGGGGCGGUGACGGCGCUGGCGUGGCAGCCGCAGGAGAGUAGUCGUGUGGCGGCGGCAGGGUUGGAUGGGAAGAUUAGGUAUUUUGAUUAAUGGAAAAGGGAUGAGAUUGGGAUUGUGAGCAUAUGGUGGUGGGAUUGCAGAUGGCGUUUUCGGGCAGCGGGAGGGAAGGGGGUUACAUGUAAUUCUAAGCGUUGCUCUGAGGGUAGUUCUUGAAGCUAGACUACUUUACCCUAAGGAUGAAAUCUAGAUAUGAUAUUGGCAAGCA